UUCUGUUUAAACUCCUCUUUUUAAUUGCUUUCAAUCUUUCUUCUCUCUCCUUUUCCUAUAAAUACCAAAGUUACACACUCUCCCUUUUCUGUUUAAACUCCUCUUUUUAAUAGCUCUCAAUCUCUCUCUCUCUCGGGGUAUCUGGUUCUUGUCAAGUUUUGUUAGUAAUAAUGGCUGGACAAACAAUUCUUGUGACUGGUGGGGCUGGGUUUAUUGGCACUCACACAGUAGUACAGCUCCUAAAGGAAGGUUUUAAGGUUUCAAUCAUUGACAAUCUUGAUAAUUCUGUCACUGAAGCUGUUGAUCGUGUUAAGGAAGUGGUGGGUCCUCAGCUUUCUAAGAAUCUUGAAUUCAAUCUGGGUGAUCUUAGAAACAAGGAUGAUUUGGAGAAGUUGUUUUCAAGAACUAAGUUCGAUGCUGUGAUCCAUUUUGCUGGUCUCAAGGCAGUUGGGGAGAGUGUUGCUAAUCCACGUAGAUAUUUUGACAAUAAUCUGGUUGGCACCAUCAAUCUCUAUGAAGUUAUGGCAAAAUACAACUGCAAGAAGAUGGUUUUCUCAUCAUCAGCAACUGUUUAUGGCCAACCUGAAAAAAUUCCUUGUGUUGAGGACUUCAACCUUAUGGCAAUGAAUCCUUAUGGACGUACCAAGCUUUUCCUUGAAGAAAUUGCUCGAGAUAUUCAAAAGGCAGAACCAGAAUGGAGUAUCAUUUUACUUAGGUACUUCAACCCCGUGGGAGCUCAUGAGAGUGGUAAACUUGGUGAAGAUCCCAAGGGUAUCCCAAACAAUCUCAUGCCCUACAUACAACAAGUAGCUGUUGGUAGACUUCCUGAGCUUAAUGUAUAUGGUCAUGACUAUCCCACAAAGGAUGGUAGUGCGGUCAGGGACUAUAUCCAUGUUAUGGACUUGGCAGAUGGUCAUGUUGCUGCUCUUCAGAAAAUUUUCACAACAAAGGAUAUUGGUUGUAUUGCGUACAACCUGGGGACUGGAUGUGGAACAUCUGUGCUUGAAAUGGUCACUGCAUUUGAAAAAGCUUCUGGCAAGAAAAUCCCCGUCAAGUUAUGUCCACGAAGGCCUGGAGAUGCCACAGCGGUAUAUGCUUCUACAGAGAAAGCUGAGAGAGAACUUGGCUGGAAGGCAAAAUACGGUGUCGAGGAGAUGUGCAGAGACCAAUGGAAAUGGGCAAGCAAUAAUCCAUGGGGUUACCAGUCAAAGCCUGAAAAAUAACAAGCUAUUUCGUCCAGAUCUACAGAACAAUCCCCGACUCAUAGGCCAAAUAACCACAGAAAAAUAUUCUCAUGACCUUGAUCUGAUAGGCAUUCCCCCUUUACGUCUAUUAUGUUUUCCCUCAUUAUUUGGGUUGUUGGUCUAUUUGCCAUACACCCGUACAACACUCCGUAUAAACAAGCCACUCAAUUUCCCACCAUUGAAUAAUAUUCUCAAUCUCAUAAAAA